CAAACCUCCCAGAGUCGAUAUAUGAUAUAUGUACGACGACAUCAACUGCUUAGCAAUGCGCACUUAUAACUUGGGGCAUUGAAAAGAAACACCGCCGUGCCUCACCUUAGCGCCGGAUGAGCAAAUGGGCGCUUGUUUUACCUAUCGCCGAAUUAGAAAUGACAGUCAUUGUAAUCAGUCAGUAACGGUCUAAUUCUGAGACAACAAAAGAUGAUGUAUAUAAAAAGAAAGCUAGAUCUCGAAACAUCGACUCAUAUCUCUACCUACUCAAGAUAAAUGCAUCAUCAACAUCACAGAUAUCCUUCAACCGUCUUAACUUAACUCCUAACUACCUAGCCUUAGAUAACUAGUACUAUAUACAUAUCUCUGCCAAAUACCCCCCUUUUUUUUUCACAUCAUGACUUCCUUUACCGUCUACAAGGGCUCCAAAAACGGAGUCACGAAGAGCUCCGUCACCAAGCCGGAGCAUCUCACUGGCGAUAAGGUGUUGGUGAGAAUCACGGCGUCAGGGUUAUGCGGUACUGAUCUUCACUCGCUCCACGACGACGUGAUCCUAGGCCACGAGGGCGUCGGCGUAGUCGAGGCGCGGGGCCCCGAGAGCACGCACCUGCGGGCCGGGGACCGGGUGGGCUUCGGGUACCAGCACGACAGCUGCGGCUGCUGCCGGUACUGCCUGGCGGGCAGCGAGACGUACUGCGCGGACCGCGCGCUCUACGGCACCGCCAAGGUCCGCCACGGCAGCUUCGCCGCCUACGCCGUCGUCCGCGAGGCCUUCCUGCACAGGAUCCCCGACGGCCUGAGCGACGUCGACGCCGCCCCGCUGCAGUGCGCCGGCGCUACCGUGUUCGCCGCCCUGCAGGCGCAUGGGACGAGGCCGACGGAGACGGUUGGUGUUAUCGGACUAGGCGGCCUCGGGCACCUAGCGAUCCAAUUCGCCGCGAAGAUGGGCAACCGGGUCAUCGUGCUGUCGGGCUCGGAGCGCAAGCGGGAGCAAGCGCUGGCGCUAGGCGCGCACGAGUUCGUGUCGACGCGGGGCAAGGACCAGCUCUCGGUGUCGACGCCGAUCGACCGGCUGCUAGUCACGACGUCGGCGCAGCCGGACUGGGGGACGGUGCUGCCGAUCAUGGCGGCGGGGGCCGCCAUCUACCCGCUGUCGGUGGCCUCGGGCAACCUCGAGAUCCCGUACCUGCCGCUCGUGCUGAACGGGCUCGCGGUGCAGGGGUCGCUCGUGGCGCCGCGCCGCUUGCACCGCGAGAUGCUCGCGUUCGCUGCGCUGCACGGCAUCAGGCCUAUCACCGAGACGUUCCCGCUCACGGAGGAGGGCGUUAGGACCGCGGUCGAGAAGUUGGAGCGCGGGGAUGUUCGGCUUAGGGCCGUGUUGACGGCGGCGUAAAUUGGAUUGGCCUACAUUAGGUAGGUAGGUAGGUGGGUACCUAACUUAACGAGAGUUUAAUGGGCGUAUGGGAGGAUUUACGAUAUAUUAGGGAGGUACAUAUAUGCAUUAGGUAGGUAGAUUACUUGUGCGUUGGGCUAGAGGGAAAAUAGAAUGGGGAAGGGGGAAGGGGUAGUUGAUGAGGGAAUGAUUAGGGAAAAAAUAAAAAUAUUUGGUCGUUUUAUAUGGUAAA